CGGAAUCAUGUCGGGAUAACAAAUCUCCGAACACCACAAAAGAAAAGAAAAAAACGGUUCCUCUUUACUACAAAAAUCAAAAUCCGAACAAGGAAAACAUAUUUAACAGAAACUUCAACAUCUGUUACUUCUUUGUUUCCUUUCCUUCUUCACUUUCUCUAUCCUGAAUCUGAAUUCGUCGUCAACUCUCUUGCCUCCGAUCUCUCUCUCUCUCUCUGUCUCGCCGUGGAUCGAGAUGGAGAGCUUACCGACGACUGUAUCGUCGAAAUCAGACAGGAGAGGAAGGUCUUCCAAGUCUCAGAACACAUCCAAGCCUUCUCUCAUCAUGGCCUUCUUCUCUUGUCUUGCUUGGCUCUACGUCGCUGGCCGGUUGUGGCAAGAUGCGCAGCACAGAGUAGCACUCAACACUGUGCUUAAGAAAAAUUUAGAACUGAGGCCUAAGGCUCUUACGGUGGAUGACAAGCUGAUGGUUCUUGGAUGCAAAGAUCUUGAGAGGAGAAUUGUGGAAACUGAAAUGGAGUUGGCACAGGCGAAGAGUCAAGGCUAUCUUAAAAACCAGAAGAGUCUUUCUUCUUCUUCUUCGUCAGGGAAGAAGAAGAUGCUUGCUGUGAUUGGAGUCUACACAGGCUUUGGGAGUCACUUGAAGCGCAAUAAGUUUAGAGGUUCUUGGAUGCCACGAGAUGACGCUUUGAAAAAGCUUGAGGAAAGAGGAGUUAUCAUACGCUUUGUGAUUGGUCGGAGUGCUAACCGAGGUGAUAGCUUAGAUCGGAAAAUUGACCAAGAAAAUCUUGCAACUAAAGACUUUUUGAUUCUUGAGAAUCACGAGGAAGCUCAAGAAGAGUUACCAAAGAAAGUGAAGUUUUUCUACAGCGCUGCUGUUCAGAACUGGGAUGCAGAGUUUUAUGUCAAAGUUGAUGACAACGUUGACCUUGAUCUUGAGGGGUUGAUUGGGCUACUUGAAAGCCGCCGUGGUCAAGAUGGUGCGUACAUUGGGUGCAUGAAGUCUGGAGACGUGGUUACUCAAGAGGGAAGUCAAUGGUACGAGCCUGAGUGGUGGAAAUUUGGAGACGACAAAUCGUACUUCCGUCAUGCAACUGGUUCGCUUGUAAUACUCUCCAAGAAUCUGGCUCAGUAUAUCAAUAUAAACAGUGGAUUGUUGAAGACAUAUGCGUUUGAUGAUACCACCAUUGGAUCUUGGAUGAUUGGUGUCCAGGCAACAUAUAUAGAUGACAACCGCCUUUGUUGCAGCAGCACAAGACAAGAAAAAGUGUGUUCCAUGGCAUGAUCACUGCGUAGCUGGUCCCUUGUCUCACCAACCAAAUACAGCGGGUUUUUCAUCACAUCCACACUUUGAGGAAGUUCUUGGAGCUGACUCCAAAUUUAUAGUUCUUUUUGGUACAAUGAAAGUAUGAUUAGGCCAUUCAUUUACAGUUUGUGAUUAGUGCAUACCCCUUGAGCUUUGGAGUAAGAUAAUGGGGGAAAUGGUAUAGCUGUGAAUUAAGUAUUACUUUUCUUGUUCGUCCGUC